GAGUGUCAAGAUCCUAAGUUAAUGUUUUGAAUUGUGAUUGUGAUUGUUUGUAUAUAUUAAUCGAGGCUAUGGAUGCAAACGGUAAUGGAAAACGCAUAGUUACGAAGUUUAGAGACUUGCUAAAUAGACAACGGCAAGAUUCAGAAGGUGGUCCUGAAUGUCCAGAUCUUGAUUUUGUGUACGACGAUGCGGAUAAUAUGAUCAACGAAAUCGCGGAACUGUACAGCUACACAGAACAACCUGAAUUUCAACAUAAUCUCAAGGCGUUUGAAGAUCAAAUGAAGGAAUAUAAGUUAGCUCCAUUUUGGCAGAAGCUAUCGGAAGUCCAGCAAAGAUCUGUUGUAAUGAAAUUGCUAGACCAGUUGGAAGUGUCAAAUAAAUCUUUGCGUAUGAAGGCUGCACGAUGUAUACUGUAUUUGGCGCAGGGUUGCUGGGCAGAGCUACAGUCAGACGCUGAACAGCAAGAGUGGUCUUUGAAGAACAUCAUGUUACUCUAUGAAUGUGGGGUUUUAAGCACGUUUGUGGAACUAUUAAAUAUAGAAAUAGAAAACUGUACUUCGGCUGCAACGGACUCCAGAAAACUUACAGUAAGUUUAGCGGAUUCAACAGAUUUGAGAAUUAUACUAAGCGUUUUGUAUUUAAUGAUAGAAGUUAUGCGUGUGGAUCAAGAUGACGAUUGUGAACAGUGGAAAAUAAAUCGUGAAGCAUUCAGAGGUGAGUUGGGAAAUCCCCUGGGGGACGAGCUGCUGGUUGUAAAACUUCUUGGUAUGGUGACACGUUUCUGUAGUGGCUCUGCACCACAUUUUCCUAUGAAGAAAGUACUCCUGGUGCUGUGGAAAACAAUACUAGUUUCGUUGGGUGGUAUGGACACAUUAAGGCAACUUAAACAGCAGUAUCGUGAGCAGGCUGGCCUAAGUGCAACACAAGAUACAAUGGAAGUAGUUCGCACAAUGAGGGCAUCGUCACCACCUGCUAGUGCUGCAGACUUGCUGGAAGCACAGAAUCAAAAAAGAAACAAUCGACCAUUCCGCAGGAGUCUAAUGAAACAGAGUUCACUUGAUGAAAUAUCUGGUAUGGAAUUUGAAUCCUCAUAUCAAGCAGACGAGGAAGUACGUGACUUUGAAGAAAGACAGGCAAUGGAAGAAGCAGGAGAAGUUCCACAACCACCAAGCCCAAGACCGAGCACACCAAUUCCAUCAAAGAACAAGGGCCUUCCGUGGGCACCAAAAGCUCGGCAGAAGGAUCUCGAUAUGUUUCUUGAAAAUACAAGAGUUAAAUUUGUAGGUUUCCCAUUACAAGGCGAUAGAGAAUCACUAGCUGGACUGCCCCAUCCAAUACACGAAGGUGUUGAGGUUCUGAAACAUAACAUGUAUACUUCGCUGGCGGAGAUACAGAUACAGAAAGAAGAAGAAAUUGCAAGAAAUCCUUUAUCAACUGUGGAACCCCCUAUUCCAAUGACACCAACGGAGGUAUUAUAUCAAGGAAUGUUACCAAAUUUGCCCCAGUACAUGAUUGCAUUACUUAAAAUUCUGCUCGCUGCAGCUCCAACAUCAAAAACCAAAACUGACUCUAUAAAUAUUUUAGCAGAUGUUCUUCCAGAAGAGAUGCCAAUGACUGUGUUACAAUCCAUGAAACUUGGCAUGGAUGUUAGUAGACACAAAGAGAUCAUAGUAAAAGCUGUUUCAGCAGUACUCCUUUUGUUAUUAAAACAUUUUAAAAUCAAUCAUAUCUACCAGUUUGAAUUUAUGUCACAGCAUUUAGUUUUUGCCAACUGCAUACCUCUCGUAUUGAAAUUUUUUAACCAAAACAUUAUCGCGUAUGUAAGUGCAAGAAAUUCAAUUCCUAUUUUGGACUUUCCAGCAUGUGUCAUUGGCGACCAACCAGAAUUGACUAUAGAGAGUCUUGAAAUUGGAGAGAAUCAGCAGUAUUCAUGGCGCAAUAUAUUUUCGUGCAUCAAUCUCCUCAGGAUACUUAAUAAACUAACAAAAUGGAAACACUCGCGUAUCAUGAUGCUUGUCGUGUUUAAAUCAGCACCAAUCUUAAGGCGUACCCUAAAAGUUCGCCAUGCAAUGAUGCAGCUGUAUGUUUUAAAAUUGCUGAAGAUGCAAACAAAAUAUCUGGGUAGACAGUGGAGAAAGUCAAACAUGAAAACAAUGAGUGCAAUUUAUCAGAAAGUUCGACAUCGGUUAAAUGAUGAUUGGGCAUAUGGGAAUGAUCAAGAUGCACGUCCCUGGGACUUCCAAGCAGAAGAAUGUGCUUUACGCUCUUGUGUUGACAGGUUUAAUAGUAGACGAUAUGGCUCAGGAUCAAGUGACCCUGAAUUUGAACCCAUGGAUCACUGUGUAACAAGUGUGCUUGGACAGCCCUUUGAACUCACUGACUAUUUUAAGCAGCAUUACGAAGUGUGGCUACAGAGUGAAGUUUUUGACAGAUCAUUCGGAGAUUUCUUCUGACAGCAAAGAUUUAUUCUGUGUCAUAAUAGUAUCAAAAUGAAUGAAAUUGAAACAUCAUGUUAAAAAAAUAUACAUUCAUUUUUCCAUUCAUAUGUCGUUAUGUGUUUGGAAGAAGCAUGGUAAUUAGUUUUCAAAUUUCUUUUGAAAUGAGGGAAAUGAAUACCAGUGAUGGAUUCCAAAAUCUGCAAUCUUAUUGCACUGAUAUUCAUAUCAAGUUUGCCAUGUCUGUUAUACUGCUUCUCAGGUAGGUUAUAUCUGUUUCUUCUGCUCUUGCAUUUGACAUGUUCAUUCACAUGUGCCAUCUGGAGAAGAUUCAGAAAAUGUUUUAAUAUUAUUGGAAAUUCAUUGAAUAAUAAUAGUGAUUAAAUUUAUUACUCAUGGGCACUUCCUUGCAAUAGUUCAUACUACCAAGCUUUCUUUUGGAUGCAUGACAUGUGCAUUUAGAUCAAACUUUUUUUUGAUAAUGUAACUGUGAACAAAACUGAAAUAAUACUGACACUGUUUUACUUUUAUUAAUCAGUGAAUAAGUGACACAUGCAGUGAUCUCUAGAUACCCAAUCAUGAUACUGUAAUGCAGUAUUCUCCAAAUACCACUUAACAGUUGAUGAUUGAUUGCCCCCCUUGGAAACCAUAAAUAUUUUCUCACGAAUGGCUAUUGAGGCUAACCGCAAAAGGAAGUAUUUGUUUUCCUUUGUCGUAAUUUUACCUGACUGUGGUUUUAUGAUGAAUUAAACCCUGUCAUGUAACAUGGUAAGGAUUAUAUUAAGAUCAUUAGAGCAGUUAUAUUUCACUCUCUGACCUACUCUUUAAGUCAUUGUUUUGUGCAGGAUCAAGUUUGAUUUGAGUCUGAUCACAUCCACAAAACAUAAUGUGAAAUGCAGCAUAGGUGUAGCCUGAUGACCAUGAUGCCACAUGAAACUCUUCCUCCUCCUCCUCCCCCCACCCCUCCCCCACACACAAAAACCUCAUCACAUGAAAUUGUGGAACACAUGUUGUAUGUUUCUCUCUUUCCAUUUCUUACGCUGCAGUCUCAGUACACUACAGUCUCAGACAGCAGUAAUUGAACAGCAAGUUUUCCUAUAACAUGAUUAUUUAUUAUCUGGUGGCAACAGAAAAGUGUAGAUGUGUGAAACUUUACCACAUUCAAGCCAAUAAUUUUUUUCUUUGCAUUUUGUGUGGCUGUAUUCCUGUUUUAUUCCUGUA